GAGGCCUUUGAUGCAGCUGAAAAAAGCCAAAACCCAAGAGCCAACAAAACUCAGCUCAUCAACAGCCUUUUCAGAAAAGAGGGCAACAACUUUGUGAUGGUUCCCAAAGACCCUGCCUUCAAAAGGGUUCAAAAGCUGUUGGAUGUGAAGUAUGGAAAGGAAGAGGCACAAAGUUUCCCCUGGUCCAUCAUGCUCUAUGACAAGUUUGGUGGCAACGAAAGUGCACUAGAGAAAGCUUUACAGUGUGGGGAUGUUGCUGUGACCAGCUACCAGGGAAAGGACUAUUAUAGCUACAACACUUUGAAGUCAGGCAGGAUGAAAAGUUUGGGUGAUGAAAGUGAAUUGAAUGAUGGCCAGCACAGCUUGGAUGAAAGCUCUCACCAAGUCAUUUCUGACUGGUUCAAGAGCUUGAAUGUUGGCUCACUGCAGCAGCAAGUGGAGGACUCAGCAGAAGCAGCAGGAGAAGCAGCAGGAGACACAGUUCUAGUUUUAACAAAGCCAAAGACUCAAGAAGUUGACUGGAACCAUGUUGAGAAGGUGUUGCAGUCAGCAAAGGCUGCUCAGGAAAAGUUGAUCAGGGAUGGCAUGAAGUUGAAGGAACAGGUGUUGGCAGCAAAGGAUCAGGACUUACUUGACACCUUCAAGGGCAGCCUCAAGGAUUUGCAGGACAAUGACAAGGAUUUGGACCACUGUUUGCUGUGGAAGGUCUGCUGGUUUGGUGUGGGGGAAUUACCUGGAGGCAAGAAAUGGGAUGUCGCGAGUGGAAAGGAUUGGAUGACAAACCUGGCCAAGCAAACCCAAAAGGCCAAUGAGAAGAUUGAAGGAGUGAAAACAACUCUCAAGGUGAGGGGGUUGCCGUAG